CCUUACUUAACGGGUAUCGGCUUCAAAUAAAGAAAAUAAAUUGCCAUAGGCAUUGGAUUUGGAACAAAAUAUUUGGAAAUAAUUAUACCAUUAGAAAGUGAAGUGGAUAUAGGAGGUGCAACCUUAAAAACAUGGAUAACAAUGAGUUUCGCAAGAGAGGCACAGAAAUGGUCGAAUAUAUUUGCCAAUAUUUGGAGACUUUAAACGAUAGGCGUGUAACGCCAAGUGUAGAACCUGGAUAUCUAAGGCAUUUGCUGCCAGCUGAGGCUCCCCACGAACCUGAAGAUUGGGAUAAAAUCAUGAACGAUGUAGAGGAAAAAAUAAUGCCUGGUGUUACACAUUGGCAACAUCCCAGAUUUCAUGCUUAUUUUCCAGCAGGCAAUUCGUUUCCUUCAAUCUUAGGAGACAUGUUGGGUGAUGGCAUCGGCUGUAUUGGCUUUUCGUGGGCAGCUAGUCCAGCAUGCACAGAAUUGGAAACAAUUGUCUUGGAUUGGUUGGGCAAGGCCAUAGGUUUACCCGAUCACUUUUUGGCCCUGAAAGAGGGCAGCACGGGUGGGGGUGUUAUACAGACUUCAGCUUCCGAGUGUAUACUGGUCUCCUUAUUGGCCGCCCGAGCUCAGGCCAUUAAACGCUUAAAGUCUCAACAUCCUUUUGUCGAAGAAUGUUUGCUGUUGUCCAAGCUAAUGGCCUAUUGCUCCAAAGAGGCCCAUAGUUGUGUGGAAAAAGCUGCUAUGAUCUCAUUUGUCAAGUUGAGAAUUCUAGAACCGGAUGAGAAUGCAAGUUUGCGUGGUGCGACUUUAAGACAGGCCAUGGAGGAAGAUGAAUUGCAAGGCUUUGUUCCGUUUUUCGUUUCCACCACUCUGGGCACAACUGGCUCAUGUGCAUUUGACAAUUUAUAUGAAAUUGGUAAGGAGUUGAAACAUUUUCCUGGAGUCUGGUUACAUGUAGAUGCUGCAUAUGCUGGUAACUCAUUCAUAUGUCCCGAGUUGAAGCCAUUGCUUAAGGGCAUUGAAUACGCCGACUCUUUCAAUACGAAUCCCAACAAAUGGUUGCUAACCAAUUUCGAUUGUUCAACAUUGUGGGUGCGAGACAGAAUUCGGUUGACUUCGGCCCUGGUGGUAGAUCCGUUGUAUCUCAAGCAUGGAUAUUCAGAUGCUGCCAUUGACUAUCGCCACUGGGGAGUCCCACUAAGUAGGCGAUUUCGUUCGCUGAAAUUAUGGUUUGUGUUACGCUCAUAUGGAAUUUCCGGAUUACAAAAAUACAUCAGACAUCAUAUCGAUUUGGCCAAACGUUUCGAACAACAUGUUCUCAAAGAUAAACGUUUCGAAGUGUGCAAUCAGGUUAAGCUGGGUUUAGUGUGCUUCCGCCUUUUAGGCUCCGAUAAGCUAAAUGAGAAAUUGUUGAGUGCCAUCAAUGAGUCCGGAAAGUUGCAUAUGGUGCCUGCCUGUGUCAACGAAAAGUACAUCAUACGAUUUUGUGCUGUGGCCCAGAAUGCAACCAAUGAGGAUAUCGAUUAUGCCUGGGAAACCAUAGUGGACUUUGCCAAUGAAAUACUAGAGAAGGAACAACACGAUGAGCUAACCGAGAUUAUAAAUCAAAAGAAAACGCAUACACUGGAAAAGAAACGUUCAUUCUUCGUGCGUAUGGUCAGUGAUCCCAAGAUCUAUAAUCCUGCCAUCAACAAGGCGGGCACUCCCAAGGUAUCGUUGGAUAUGGCUUCGCCUAUAGCACAAAAGGGUACCAACCCGGUUAUAAGAACCCAAAGUUCAAUUGAUCACAAUUCUUGGAUAUCCUGGCCACUGGCGUUCCUCUUCAACAGCAAUGAUGACAAUGGGCAGAAGAGUAAUGUCUCAUUACGUUUUCGCCACUUGGAUACCAAUGUGAGGCCAACCUCAUCAUCUCGCCGAAAUUCGGGAGCCGGCUCAUCGCCCUCGCCGGACAGUGAUUUUGGUGUGGUCAAUGUUUUGAAAUCGCCCAAAAAGUCUCCCAAUCCCAUACGCAAAGGUCUUUCCACUAGCAAUAAUUCCAAUAAUCACAAAUAAAUCCUUUAAAUCCUCGUAUCUAGUUUUCACAGCUCUCUCGAAUGGCAUGGGCUUGAGAUGAAUGUGGCAAAAGUGUAUUUCUGUUUCAAUCUUAACAUUUAAACUUACUUGGCUUGCAAAAACAAAACAACACACAAACCAAUACAAUAAAAUUCAGAGGUUAUUGAAUCGUA